CGCUUGCCGUGGCCUUGGAGGCGCCGGGAGAGGCCCCAGCCCGGAAGAGGAAGCGGCAGGAAAAGCCGCGGCGCCACCCAGGACCCCGGACGCCGACGCCUCGCCUCUCGGGCAGCCGGGUCCCCGCGCUUCUCCGGGCAGAAAUUCCGCAGAAAACCAAACCAUUAAGCAGUACCACCAGAUGAUAUGAGCGCUUCAGGGCAGCGGCUGCUACAAGCGUGAGACCACAGCAGACCAUGGAAGGGGAUGUGAGCAGGAUCCCUGAGACAAUGUCACUGGGGGAAAGCCUAGAGAGCAGGAGGCCUCUCAAGGAGUCACCGGGAACUGAAGAGGGCUCUACUCGUGUCAUCACCAUUGUUUUUAUCGCACUCCUCAUAGACUUGUUGGGGUUCACCCUCAUCCUGCCUCUCCUUCCUUCAAUUCUUGACCAUUACAGCAAUAAUAAUGAUAGUUUCUACAUGACGCUGCAGCAUGGGGUGGACUGGUUCAGUGAAGUGGUUCAAGUGCCUUCUGAAAGGAAAUACAACAGUGUCUUAUUUGGAGGUCUGAUUGGCUCCAUAUUUUCCAUCCUUCAGUUCUUCUCCUCUCCACUUACUGGUGCCACGUCUGAUUACUUUGGGAGACGGCCGGUCAUGUUGUUGACUGUGAUUGGUAUGAUAGCAUCAUAUUCCUUGUGGGCCAUUUCCAGGAGCUUUGAGCUAUUCAUUUUCUCCAGAAUUCUCGGUGGAAUAAGCAAAGGGAAUGUCAGCCUCUCCACUGCAGUAAUUGCUGACUUGCAGAGUCCAAAAGCUCGAAGCAAAGGCAUGGCAAUGAUUGGCGUUGCUUUCUCCCUGGGCUUUACCUUUGGGCCUAUGCUGGGAGCAUACCUCUCCAUGGAAAAAGAGAAGGGAGAAAUCUUCUAUGUUCGGUCUGCUAUGUUUGCUGUCAUGUUUGCAGUGAUUGACUUGGCUUUCGUCUUCAUGUUGUUGCCAGAGACACUCCCCAAAGAAAAACGGGUGUCCUCCAUUAUGUCGGGAUUCCAGUCUGCAGCUGGCCUGAUUAGUCCUCGGGCCCUGUUCCAGUUCUCUGCUGUCAGCCAAAAUAUGGAAACCUCUUCGAAAGAGAAUCUCAAGAUCCUAGGCCUGGUGUAUUUCCUGUAUCUUUUCCUGUUUUCUGGUCUGGAAUACACUCUGAGCUUUCUUGUCCAUCAACACUUCCAAUUCAGCAGUCUAGAACAAGGGAAGAUGUUUUUCUUCAUUGGAAUUACAAUGGCUGUGAUCCAAGGAGGGUACACUCGCCAGAUUGAGCCAGGAAACGAAGUGAAGACUGUAAAAAGGGCAAUAAUGGUGUCAGCUCUUGGUUUCCUUUUUGUUGGCUGGAGUUCUAACAUGAUCCUCCUGGGCACUGGACUGUUGUUUUACUCCUUUGCUGCUGCUACGGUUGUUCCUUGUUUGUCUACGGUGGUGUCUGGAUAUGGGUUAGCCAGCCAAAAGGGAAGCCUAAUGGGAAUCUUAAGGAGCCUGGGGGCCCUCGCAAGAGCUUUUGGACCAAUUGUGUCAGCAACAGUAUACUGGCUGGCAGGAGCUGAAGUUUGUUUCACGGUCUGUGCCUUUUCGUUCCUCCUUCCCUUCGUUCUCCUUGGAUACAUUCAAAAGCAAAGGAAAGAAUAACAAGCAACUCUGGCUACCAUUUUCCAAGAAACAUUGGAAAUCCGGCCCUCAGGCAGCUGAGCUAAGAAACAUUUUGUGGCACCUCCGGCCUUUGCAUAUGAUGAAGUGCACAGAUUUUGAGCACAUGUUAUUUCUGCUGCACUGUGGCAAAGAGCCCUGGAGAGAAACCUCAGCUACUGCCUUUCAGCAAACAAUACCUGUGCCAUAAAAAAUGGUCAGAUACAUUUCCUGUUCUGCAAGAGAGUGCACAGUGGUGGGAACGCAUUGUUUGCUUUGGCAGAAAGUGUUUAAAGAAGGAAAUGAAACAAUAUCUACAGACUUGCACUAGACAUGCUGCAUAAAUUUUGUUGAAUGUGUUUUGUCUGUACGUGCACACACACACACACAUGCAAACAUAUACUAUCCUUGAAAUACAUUUUCUAAAUAAUGUAUUUACUGUUGAUUUGUCUGCCAGAUUUGAAGCACACACAGGUCCCGCUAUGGCAACACUCGUUAUCUGCAAAUUCAGUUAUCCAAACACAAAGAAUUAUGCCCAAACCAUGGUACAAAAACAGCUGAUUCAGAUAUCCAAACAGCCAGAGUUUGCCCACUUCCUUACUUGUGUUUUGCUGGUUGGCUGCAGCCAUUUCUGGAAAAAGCCCGUGGGGGGCAGAGACUGGACAAAUCACAGAUUAUAAAUGUUCCCGUAGGAAAUAAUGGAAAUCAUCAGCUUGCUAUGCAAAUGCUUGCAAAUGAUUUCCUGGUAACGCACUGUGUUUGGACAGCAGGACCUACAUGUACAACAUUUCCUUGACACUUAGCUAUUGAGCUCAAGUAGAUCUGUAUGUUUUGUAUAUUGAUGCCAAAACCUGAGUCUUAACAGGUUGCCAAGGGCAAUAGUCGUUUCUUUAAACCAAAGGCUUAAGUUGCAAGCUGGAAAAGUGUGUACAGGUAUAUCCUACGGUUAGCAGUAAGCUGAAACGCAUCAUGUUUGUACCAUCAUGUGCAAAAGAUUGUGUAGUUAAGGUAGUAUGUUUCUAAGGUAACCAGUUGUUUUUGUUUUUUGUUUUUGCAUAAUUAUGAUUCUGGCUCUGUUUACAAGAAGUGUAUUUUAUAUUCUUUACAUAAAUAUUUCAGAUUACGCUGCAGGGAUAAUAGGAAGACUUUUCAUGCUUGCAACAAAUCACUUGAAGGGAGGAAUUUAUGCCUUACCACAUGGGAUAUGUGAACGUGAGGCACGCUUAGAUUUGGUCGAUCAUUCAGUAUGGUGUGAAAGCAUGAGACACAGUGCAGUCUAAAUCAUUAUCCACUCAGAAGUAAUCUAUUUAAUUCUGGUAAUUCAGUGGGGCUUCCUCCCAAGAAAGUGGUUAGAGAAGUCCCGUUUCCUGUUCUGUGAGGGAACUGUGCUGCCAGUUCUGUGAAUUUAAGCCUAGCAACAGUUAUCCACCAAUAGUUCUGACUAUUCUGGAUUAACACUCCUGUUUGGGGUUUGUUUGUUUUUUUUAAAAAAAAGUUUUCAUAUUUUAUUGGAAUUUGAUUGUUUUAAGAGUUAAAACUAGAGUAGAAAGUCAACCAGAUUUUGGUCUACAGUUGCAAUUUGAUACAGGGAAACCUGAACAGGUUGACAUUUAAGGUGGCUUCAUAUUGUGCCUUGAUGUUGCUUCAUAUUGUGCCAAAGCAUCAGCCUGCUACAGCCAACAGUUACGAUGUCUUAAUAGGUUGGUUUUCAGGGGGGAAGGAACCUGAAAACAUAAGAGUAAUCUGGAACAUACAAAGCUGCCUUACAGCAAGUAUAAUAGUUCAGUAUUACUCAGAAGUCAGCACUAGCUAGUAAUUGCUCUCCAGGGUCAAGGGCAGACGGGGUCUGCUUCCUGAACCUUUUUUGAAUUCAGUUGUUUUAAGAUUAAACCUGAGGUUUCUGUAUGUAAAUGAAGUGUUUGACCCCUGUGCCAAAAACUCCUACUGUAGUGUCUGUGGAAACAGUUGUAGCACUUAAAUUACAGCUGUGCAAGACAUGCCCCCCCCAAUCUAAUUUGGGCCCUGAUUCAUUGAUCUGGAUCUUCCUCUAGUAUAGACCUAAUCUGGACCUCAUUUGCAUUGAGAAACCAAAACAGCCAUUCUUUUUUCUUUUUCACUAAGUGCAUGAAAUUGGAGACAUGGUAGCCCCUACAACCCUAUAGGUGGCCCUAGGGCAGGCCUAGGCAAACUCGGCCCUCCAGAUGUUUUGGGACUACAAUUCCUAUCAUCCCUGACCACUGGUCCUGUUAGCUAGGGAUGAUGGGAAUUGUAGUCCCAAAUAUCUGGAGGGCCGGAGUUUGCCUAUGCCUGCCCUAGGCUGUUGCUGCUAGCUACUUUCUGAAGUCCCAUUUAGUUGAGUGAGGCUUACCCUUGAACUGAAAUCCCAUUCCCACUUAAUGUAAUACCACUUUUCCUUGGCAACUCCUUGCAGCUGCUGUAAUACUGAAUCUUGGCUCUAAAUAACUUUUUCUCUAUAGCAGUCUAAAACAUUAAGCAUACUGUUUUUUGUGUUGUGCAAUUUUUUUGUUUUCCCUGUAUAAAACUUUUGAGAGACCAAUUUUUCAUUGAGUUAUUAAAAGCACGCCUGUCUUUGUGCCUUAUCCAGCAAGUUGGAUCCCAGCUGGUUUAUUCUCCUGAAUUCUGUAUAGCAUCCCAGGGUUGUAUCUGUUAGAGGAGGCAAAUUUUAUCCUGUUGUUUCCCCCCCUCUUUUUCUUCUGCUACACAAGCAGCCAGCAUACCAGCUGCCUCUGAAUGUAAUUGAAAAAGAGAGCAACAGGAAAAUUAAUAAAGCCAGGAAUGCAGGAAGAGAAAAAAGCAGAGAGGGAAAGAAGAGAUAGGAAAGUUGGGGAAAUGAGAGGCAGCAAGAAAAACAAGAGAUUCUUUGGAAAGCAGGAAAGGAUGCUUCUCCUCCCCCAAUUUAUCUCCCUUCCUUAAUCUAUAGUUGGCUACUAUGACCUCUGCCAAAAGCAUAAGAGGAGCUGGUUCUUUAAAUUAGAACUCUAUUUUCGCUCUGUGACAAAAUGGUUAUUUGUCUCUGUAAAAUAGGCUAGAGGGUCUGUUUUUAUAUUUUAUAAAAAUAUAUUUUAUAUUUACUGCUCUGGUGUAUGAGGGGUUAAUUGUCAUUGCAGCCUCUUAAUUGGAGUCUCAUGUAACAAAGGUCACCUAAUUAAGACCUGCAGAGCCCAUUCUCAACCAGGUCUGUUCUGUGUCCUCCCACUGCAUAGCAGAUAUCUAUAUUGCGUUUUGAAGAUGUUGCUUUUUCAAUAAACAUUUUAAAAUGGAAUUUUUUAUUCCA